UUUGAAGUUUGAAAUUUGAAGAAUGUGAAUAGGACAAGUGGCCCAGCUCAGAAGACAAAUUUGGGUUUUUGGCAGCCUGGUUGGUGAGGUCUUUUCAUGGUCGUUAACCAUCAUCUCAUCAUGAUGAUCAGCAAUUAAUAUCCAUUUUCAAGUCAGUUUCGCCAUCCAUCAUACUGAAUCCAUAAAACGAAGCUUCCCACAACGACAACGACUUUAGGGGAGACCGAGAGAGAGAGAGAGCUGCCAUUCCCUGACGAUUCUUAUCAAUUUCUCAGAUCUCCCUCUCCUAAAACCCCUACAUCUAUCUACUACUCCUUUUCUAGACCCUCAAAGAUCUGUAUAUAAUACAUUGUUCCAAAUCGGUAUCUAAUUACUAUCUUCAGUUGGUCGAAUGUCAUUUCUUCCACUUUUGUCUUUUCUAAGCUGAUAAUUGACCUCUCUAUUUGGCGGGAAAUUGGAUUUGUCCUCAUCUUGCAUUUUGUAUUUUUGAAUUCAAACAGCUCUUUAUUGUUUGGGAUUCUUUAUUGGGUACACAUUUGACCUUGUAUUAUUAUUGUUGAACAAGAAAAGAAGAGGAUGGUGAUUUCGGAUAACACCAGAGGCCUAAUUCUGGCAAUAUCAUCAAGCUUGUUUAUUGGAACAAGCUUUAUAUUGAAGAAGAAAGGUCUAAAGCGUGCUGCUGCUGCUGCUGGCACUCGAGCAGGAGUUGGAGGCUAUGCUUAUUUGCUUGAACCACUUUGGUGGACAGGAAUGAUAACAAUGAUCAUUGGUGAGGUGGCUAAUUUUGUGGCUUACAUUUAUGCUCCAGCAGUUCUGGUGACCCCUCUUGGUGUUUUGAGUAUAAUUAUCAGUGCUAUUUUGGCGCACUUUAUGUUGAAAGAACGAUUGCAAAGAUUAGGUGUACUGGGAUGCAUUUCAUGCAUUGUAGGCUCAGUGGUUAUUGUUAUCCAUGCACCUCAGGAGAAUACGCCAGGUUCUUUACAAGAAAUCUGGAUUUUGGCAACUCAACCAGCAUUUUUGGCUUAUGUAGCUGCAACGUUAUCAAUGGUGCUAGCUUUGAUUUUGCAUUUUGAGCCUCGCUAUGGGCAGACAAAUAUACUGGUUUAUUUGGGAAUCUGUUCCUUAAUGGGUUCAUUCACGAUUGUCAGCAUAAAGGCUAUUGGAAUUGCAAUAAAACUUACUUUGGAAGGAAUUAGUCAAGUUGCUUAUCCUCCGACAUGGUUCUUUCUUUCUGUUGCAGUGAUAUGUGUCAUCACACAGCUAAAUUACCUUAAUAAGGCACUGGAUACAUUCAACACUGCAAUUGUUUCUCCAAUAUAUUAUGUAAUGUUCACCACCAUGACCAUCAUCGCAAGUGCUAUAAUGUUCAAGGACUGGGCAGGACAAAGUGACAGCGACAUAGUUUCUGCAAUAUGUGGAUUUAUAACAGUACUUUCAGGAACAAUCAUGCUCCAUGUCACUAGAGAACAGGAACCAGUUACUUUGCCAGGAACUGUUACAUGGUACGAUGGGGAACACAUAAAGGCUAUAGAGGAUGGACAUUACAUCCUGUUGCAUGAUUCAGAAUACUUAGACUCAUAUAGUGUCUUAGCAAAGAAUUAGAAAGGUUGAUUGCAGAACUGGAAGUUCUAUCAGAACUGAUACUUGAUUUGUGCAAUGGAGGGAAUGAGGUUCUCGCCUUCUCGUUUAAGCUGAUUGAUCUUGAGCUUCACAACUGCCUGGCAAUUUCUUCCUAUGUGCAUAAUUUGGGAAUGACUAGAGGGAAAGGUUUCUUUGAUUUUCCCAAGAUUUCUUGACCAACAUGGAGAUACGUCUGGACAUGGUUUUCUUGCAAAUCUCUAAUUGCCAUCGGGGUUUGUACAUAUAUGGCUUCUUUCUAUGUUGUAACAUAUUAUUGAUUAUUUUUUCAUAAUGAGAUAUAGCAUAUCAAGCAUAUGUUUUUCUGAA